AUGGUGCACUCACAGGGGCCAUAUGGUGAGAACUUGGCUGAAGGCUAUGGAGAAAUGACCGGCGGGCAGGCUAUGAAGUUUUGGGUGACUGAGAAGCCCAACUACGACUAUGCCUCCAACACAUGCGUUGGUGAUGUUUGUGGGCACUACACUCAGGUGGUUUGGCGCAAUUCGACUCAUGUGGGUUGUGCUAGGGCUAAGUGCAAGAAUGGCUGGAUGUUUGUUAUUUGUGGGAUGGCAAUGGGUCGAAUUGGGGAUGGGUAUGCUAUUCCCAUCUCCAUCCCCGUAUUCAUACCUGUAAUAUUCUAA